AUGUCCAGACGCGGUGACAGCUCGUCGUCCUCCUCAAACUUAGACCAGAUGCCCAGGGAUCCUGAAGCCCGUGAGGGGUGGGGCGGAAAGUUGGACUUCAUCCUGACAUGUAUUGGUUACGCCGUGGGCCUUGGCAACAUCUGGAGAUUCCCGUAUCUGUGUUACAAAAGUGGAGGAGGUGCCUUCCUUAUUCCUUACAGCUUAUUUCUACUUGUAUGUGGCCUUCCCCUGUUUUUCCUUGAGGUUUCCUAUGGUCAGUUUUCAAGCUUAAGUCCAGUAGCCAUUUGGAAAGUGGCUCCAUUAUUCAAAGGUGUUGGGAUGGGAAUGUUGAUUUGCUCUGGAAUCGUCUGCAUAUACUACAAUGUCAUCAUUGCAUGGACUCUGUACUACUUGUUCUCAUCAUUCACCAAACUCCUUCCUUGGUCACACUGCAACAACAGCUGGAAUACAGAGAAAUGUGUUGAUGAUGAGAGGCAGAAAAAUUUUACUGCUGCAGCGUCUGCUGUAUCUAGUGGCAUGAAUAAAAGUAUGUCUAUGAACAGUGAUGCUGCUUCGGCACUUGCAGUUGUGGUUAAUGGAAGCAGACUCGUUUACAUAGGAAACAAUAAGAGUAUUUCUGCCAGUGAGGAGUUCUGGGAGCGUCAUGUUCUCGAACUGAGUGCUGGAAUCGACACCCCUGGCACAAUCAGAUGGCAGUUGCUAAUUUGUCUCGCUGUUGCCUGGCUUUGUGUUUUCUUCUGCCUGUUUAAAGGAGUUAAAAUUCUAGGGAAGGUGAUGCAUUUUGCUGCGCCAUUCCCCUACUUGAUUCUCUUAAUCCUGCUUGUACGUGGCUGCACCUUGCCUGGAGCUGUGGAAGGAAUUCUCUUCUACAUUGUUCCUAGGUGGGAAAAGCUGUUUGAAUUUACUGUCUGGGGUGAUGCAGCACUUCAGAUCUUCUACUCUGUUGGAAUGGCCUGGGGAGGAAUCAUAACGAUGGCGUCCUACAACAAGUUUAAUAACAAUGUCUACAGAGAUGCCAUGUUAGUUCCAUUCAUUAAUGAAGGAACAAGUCUUUUUGCUGGAUUUGUCAUCUUUUCCGUUCUUGGUUUUAUGGCACAUGAAGCAAACACAGAUGUGGAUAAAAUUGUUACACAAGGACCAGGUUUAACAUUUGUAGCAUACCCAGAAGCCAUAGCCAAAAUGCCGUUAUCACCCUUGUGGGCAGUGCUAUUCUUCAUUAUGUUGUUCAUCAUUGGUUUAGACAGCCAGUUUGGCAUGUUUGAAACUAUUCUGAGUGGCAUUACAGAUGAAUACCCUCACCUCCUGCGGAGGAAGAAGGUCACAAUCACAGCUCUGGCUUGUUUUGCUGAGUUUCUGCUAGGACUUCCCUGCAUCACCCAGGGUGGUAUCUACAUACUGCAGAUCAUGGACUGGUACUGUGCAAGCUUCUCCCUUAUGCUCAUUUCAAUGACAGAGUGUCUAGCAUUGUCCUGGGCUUAUGGUGUUGAUCGACUUUACAAGGACAUUGCUUUAAUGAUUGGCUACAAACCACAUUUUUGGUGGAAGUAUAUGUGGAAAUAUAUCACACCUGGAGUUAUAAUGUUUAUAUGGAUCUUCAGCGUUAUAACCCUGGGCCCUGUAACAUACGGCGAUAAUUAUUCAUACCCACCCUGGGCAAUUGCUUUUGGUUGGAUACUGGGCAUCCUGGCUGUUGUGCCCAUCCCAGUUGUUGCUGCUGUACAAAUUUACCACGCUAAAGGGCCAAUUUUGAAAAGAAUUAAACAUCUUUGCAAGCCUCAUGAAUCAUGGGGCCCUGCUUUACCUGAGAACAGAAAACGCUAUUUUGCUGAACUCGGCAGAAGUGAGCUGCAGGACAUUUUCAUCCCCACACAUGAGAAAACUACCCCACCAACCAGCAAUGGCUGUGAUGAAACUACACUUGUGUUCCUGCCCAAGUCGUAG